GAGACGGAGUUGCAAGACAGCCAGAAGAAGCGGGAAGCAGAGACCCUGAAGGUCAUUGAGAAGAAGUCCAGGCUUGCAAAAGAGUGCCACAAGGCACUUGCGGCUUGUAUCGAUGUCAUCGUACUGUCCGAAUUCUGCGCACCGCUCGUCUGCCGUGUGCCUUUCGGCGCGACGGUCGAGGACGUCAAGGCAGGUGCUAUGGUCGCGAACGACGAGGCUGCAGUGGACACACGACACCUUCUGUACGAUCGGCUACAAGCGAGUAUUCAAGGCAGACGGAUGGGCACAUCAGCCGGAUAG